AGAACAUUAGACACUUCCUUCAUUUUUACAUACUAUACAGAAAAAAGUACACGAUAUACAAUGUAUUGUAUAAAAAAGAACUCCGUGAAUGACAAAAUUCCGUAAAUUUCUGAAAUUUUCAAAUUAAGAAAUCCAUGACAAUUGAGGAUUGAGGUGGAAAAGAAUUUUAACGAUCCGUCAAUUUGAAUAGAGAGAUACACAACACACAAGGGGAAAGAGAAGAUUUCCUGGAAGCGUGUCUUCACGGUGUCUGGAUACGCACUUCGCAAUCCUCAUUCUUCCCCGCUCUUAUCUCAGUCACCCCACCUUCUUCUUGUAUAUACACAAUGUUCCCUCACCUGAUGCACUCAUGAUUCUUCAAAGUAACAUCUUCAAAUAGAUUUUAGUACAUGUUCGAAACUAGACUAUGAAUCAUAUAAUGGUGAUCAUUUACAUAGAGUUUUAUUCUUCGAUAAAGCCUAAAAUGUGAAGUGUGUAAAAGUGCAUCGAUUUAUUAUUUAAUUAACGACUAUCGUUUUUCUUCUUCUUCUUACUGCAAUUCCUCGUGUGAUCAUUUUUACGCUUCCGUGGAUUUUUCUUGCGUUGUUCCUGUUGAUUCACAUAGACAUUUUCUACUUAGCAGUAGAACCAAAAUUACUUUGAAGAGACAUAGAAGGUGUUAAUGUAAUGGACGCGUGACACACUAAUUAUUGCGGACCACCAUUGUCCUAGCGGUCUUUAUCCUACGGCAAUGUGGCAUUGGAUUGUUUCACGGAUCUGAGUUUGUCAAGGUGAUUGUCCAAAUGCAUCAUGGGUAAGCCACCGGAUGGUGGAGGUUUAUUCAUAGCGAGCUUUCUCGUUCUCUAUUCCAUCAGUUCAAAUGCCCAAAUCAAUCCCGAGUACGGAUGUCCUCCUCAGGAGAAAAUUCUACCCUGCCGAUGCUCUACACGUGACAUGGAGUAUCAAAUUUGGUGCAGUCACAGUGAAUUGCCAAAGGUUCUCGAGGGACUGAAAGCAGUGAGUCUCCACGUGUCACGAUCAAUUGACGAAUUAAUUCUCGAGAAUAAUAAUUUACCGAGUCUACCGGGACAGGCGUUUGCAAGUCUACGAGUCAUGAGACUGAUGCUGAGGAACAAUCGACUCGAAAGAGUGUCCUCCGGAUGGCUCGAGGGUCUUCACGACUCCCUACUGGAACUCUUCAUAGUAGAGCCCGAACUACGUUCUCUGCCCGACGACAGUCUCGAAAAUCUUCUCGGCCUCGAGGCAAUCACUCUACAAAGUAAAGUUCUCAAACGACUGCCCAGUCUCACUGGACUUCCAAAAUUACGCUACCUCCAGGUGAAUUCACCAGCACUCCUCGAAUUGACGCCAAGAAAUUUUCGCGACAUUCCCAAUCUCGAGCAAAUCCACGUCUUUGGCAGUCCGAAGUUAGCGCGACUGGAGGCUGGACUCUUUCGAAAUCUACCGCGAUUAACGCUGGUGAAUAUUAGCGACUGCAGCAUUCACUGGAUACAUCCACGAGCACUGAUUGACUUGCCGGAAUUGAAGGAAAUCUCCCUCGUUGGAAAUACAAUUCUCGAAGCGCCAAUGAUUGGUCGCGCAGUCAUUGAUCUACCGUCAUUAUCGGUCCUGCAAUUGGAUCGCAAUCGUAUUGUCCGAUUGGGAGAAUCAUCAUUCACGGAUCUUCCCACUUUGACUCGAAUUUCCCUGUCGCGAAAUCGAAUUGCGGAAAUAUUUCCCGGUGCCUUUCAGAGAGUACCACUGUUGAGAAUUAUUGAUUUGAAUCAUAAUAUGAUUCAUAGAAUUCAUCCGGAAUUUUUUCCCCAUAGAAGUGGAAGUGGUCUCGAGGAACUUUGGUUGAUAAAUAAUGACUUGAGUCAUAUUAAUGAAUUACGCUCGAUAUUGGAUGCUUUGCCGAGGUUGAAAUUUCUCGAUGUGAGUUACAAUCAGUUGGAGGAGAUACCGUACGGAUCGUUUAGGGGACAUCCGUCACUGGAGAGAUUGCAUAUGGAUCAUAAUCGAUUGAGAUAUUUGCAAAGAGAAUCUUUGAGUGGAAUGCCAGCUCUAAGGGAAUUGAGGCUCAGGAAUAAUUCGUUGACGAAUUCGAUUGAUAUGCCUUUCUGGAAUUUGCCCGCUUUGAAGGGUCUGGACCUAUCGGGAAAUUAUUUCCGUCACGUGGAGGCUCGUCUGCUGGGAAAUCUUCCAAAUUUACGCCGCCUGGACAUGAGUCAAAACGCAAUAGGUCUGAUAGAUUCACAAUCAUUCAUCGAAACCGCAGCUCUUGAAUACAUCAACAUCUCCGGAAAUGCCUUGUCAGUAAUUCAUCCCCUGACAUUCAGACAUCUCUCAAAUCUCUACGAACUCGACGUAGGAUGGAAUCGACUACUAGAAUUAACGCCCGGAUUGCCGAGAAACAUCGAACAUCUCUAUCUAACAAUGAAUCGCCUCGUAUCACUGCCUGGACUCGCUUCCAAAGAUCUUGCACUUCCGGUUUUAAAAACUCUGGACAUCAGUGCAAAUGGAAUUGAAAGAAUAAUGCCGGGCACUCUCAGUGGAUUAGUCAGUUUAAAGAAACUCCUACUGGGUUAUAAUUCACUUCGAGUACUUGAGGACGGAACUUUCGAUGGACUAUUUCGAUUGGAACUAUUGGAUUUGAAGUACAAUCGUCUUGAUACAAUUCAUGGAAGAAGCUUCAAGCCGUUAAUGACGUUGAUGGAUUUAAAUUUGAAGGGGAAUCGAUUUGAAAUAAUUCGUCCCGAUGUUUUUCAAGAGAAUAGACGACUACAACGAUUGGAUUUGAGUCGGAAUAAUCUCGCUCAAAUUCCACAUUUGACAUUCGCUAAUACGAGAGAUCUUCGAGAAUUGUAUGCGUCGCACAACACUCUGACCGAGUUACCCGGAUCGUUGCACGAUCUAACGGCUCUACAGGUCCUCGACUUAAGUUUCAACAAGCUGAACAUUCUAUCGCCGGAUACGCUCAGCAGUUUGACUUCACUGCUCGAACUCAAAUUAGUUCGAAAUCGUAUUAAAGAAUUGCGAGAGGGUGCAUUCGAUGGAUUGCCACGUCUCACUUUGAUUGACCUUGAGAAUAAUGAUCUUCGAGUGAUUGAAAGAAAUGCAAUUAGAGCAUUACCAGAACUCCAAGCACUGCGACUUGGAAAAAAUCGUAUUCAGAUGAUACCAAGCGGAGCAUUUUCGGAACUGCCUCUCCUACAAAGUGCAGAACUUCAAGAUAACCAAAUUGACGAAAUAUCAACCAACGCAUUCAUCAAUGUGCCCCAUCUGCUUUUCCUAAAUUUAAGCAAUAAUUAUCUACCAAGUUUGGACUAUAUGGGUUUGGAUAGUAUGAGAUCCCUUGAGGUUUUGGAUUUAAGUAACAAUCGAAUAUCAAGAGUUUCGAACGAUGGUCUCGCUGCGAUGGAGUGGCUCGUAGAGUUGAAGAUGGACAACAAUCGUAUCUGUACAAUUCAAGGUUCACCCUUUGACGAUAUGCCAAGAUUACGAGUACUCAGCUUGCGAAAUAAUAAAAUGGCUUCUGUUUCCGAGGGCGCAUUCAAAAGACUUCGUUCUAAUAUUGCUGUUCUCGAUAUCGAUGGUAAUCCUUUGUCUUGUUCGUGUGGAAUGAUCUGGCUUAGAGGAUGGUUACAACAAGCUUCUGCAGAGGGUCCGAGAUGUGCCGAUGGAUCUUUAUUCAGAGAUAUCAGAUUAUCUCGUCAGGAUUGUCAACGCGAGAGGUACAUCGAAACUGUUCAUCCUGGUUGCGAGUCGGAAAUGAUUAAGGAUUCUCCGUCACCUGAUUCCUCUUCUUUGUAUGGAACGCAACAAAAACCUUGGAUGGACAUAAAGAAUCAAAAUGGUCAGUCAAUUUCGCAAGAUAUGGACUAUUAUUACCACGACUAUGUUGAUUACAAUUUGGAAAAUACAACUGAUCUGCCAGUGACACUUUAUCCACCGACUCUAUCGCCAAUCAUCGUUCCUCCUUCUCCAGAACCGGAAAUAAUACAAACGACUCUACCUCCAUUAUUAUUAAACAUAAAGAAUAUUACCAAUCCAACGAAAAAACCACCAUCAGUUCCACCUUCGCCAAGUAGUUCAGGUUUCACAUUUUUCGGCGUUCCCCUACCAAAUUUAAAUUUCAAUCUUUGGGGUAAUGCCGGACGAAAGGCGAAUAGAAAAGAAGAUGAAGACGAUCAAUCCGGAAAGACACGUUACAAAAAUUAUCCACCCACAGAGCCGGAAAUUCAUCGUGGCGGAUUUGUACCAAUUCCACAAGGUGAAGGCGGUUUUAUACCCAUCGUUGAUCCACGUCUCACGCAAAAUAAUAAUAAAUCCCUUCCCAUUGUGAAAUCACCGAAAAUACGAGAAAACACAACAGUCACAAAAAUUCACGACGAACGAAAACGACUGAAACAUUCAAAUUUUACAGUGGAAAAAAUUGAAAGAAUCACAAGUAAAAAGCCGGAAAUUAAAGACAGAGAGGAAUUAUCAACAUCGGCGAGUGUUAAGAAUGAAUCUGUUUUCUUGCCAACGCCGAGAAAUUUAUUCGAAAAUCUACCCGGGACUUAUAAAUCAGUGGUGGAUGAGAUAAAUCCAGAGGCGGAGGAAACGUCAUUUUCUACUGAAAUUUAUAUUGGCGAAAGUCUAGAGGUUGAGGAGGAUUCAAAAAAAGGUGUUUCGAGAGAAAAAGUCGCUAGUAAGAUUAUUUGGACGACAAUUCCUAAUUUAGAGUCGACUGAAAGUGUUACUCAGGAAACAACUACUGUCGAGGUGGUUACUCUAAAGAAGAAGAGGAUAUUCGAGAGUAAAAUUCUACAGAAGGAGACAACCACAAUUGGUACUAUUGAAACGACACUACCAAACGAAAAUAAUUUUGAAACAGAAGAACCAGUCACAACGGACAUUCCAACACCACAAUUUUUAUCAUCAGUGACAACGCGUCCAGUGGAAAAAUUAAAUUCAACUUCUCAAGCGUCACCAACUUUGGAAGCUUCAGCACUCUCGGCACUUUUAGUACCCGGCGGUCAAGUACCAAUUGCAGUACCGAGCAAUAAUUUACGUUCAGUUGGACGAUCGACAAUAACCAAAGUAUCAUCACCAUUUGUAAAUGCUUCUGAAUCAAAUAGAAAUGAGAGUAGAAAUUUAUCAUCAGAAUCUCGCUAUUCAAAGAGAAUCAACGAUUCACACACUGUCAGUAAUGACAGCGAUAAAUUCAACGAUGAUAAUGCAUUCAAUUGGUAUUUUCAACAUUACAAUGACAGUCCUAUAGAUCCAUAUUUAGGUGAUGUGUACUCAGGAGUCGAUAAUUUGUUGAUUAAUCAAUGGACAUUUUUUGGAACGCAAAUAAUCAUUACACUUUGGAGUUUAUUUUCGAUUCAAUUAAUUUGUUAAUGUUAAUUUAUCUGUUUUUUGUCCCUGAAGUUAGUUCCUAAAAAUUUUUUUUUUCAAGAAAUCGAAAAGAAUCAAAUAUUUCAAAGUGUUUUUCUCUGAAUAUUUUUUUAACUCCUUAAAUAAAUCAAUUAAUGGAAAUUAGUGACAUUUUCCUUCUGAAAGUCCAGAACAAAAGUUUUCGACGAUGAGCGUCGACGCUAACUUCAGCGACAUUUCUUUAUUUAUAUAAAAGUAUUCUUUAAAGUUUAUAUAAGACUGUUGGUAAUUGAUUGCAUUUCAAUUUGAAAGAAAAGUUUAUUUUUUAUUAAUAUUUUUCUAGCACCAAUUUUUAAUUUACGGAAAUAUGUUUUGCGUAAUACCUGUAAGAUAUUCGAUGAUAAUUAUUUUUUAGGAUUUAUAAAUAUUUAUACCAAAUAAUUUAAAGAAUGUAAUAAAUAAUUUAAAAGAU